AUGCUGCAGCUGAAGCCGAAACUAAAUGAUCUAAUGAGAUGUAACGUAGGUGAUGGCAAGACAGCCAGCUUCUGGUACGACUGGUGGACUGACCUUGGACUCCUAAUCUCUGUCUUUGGUGCUAGAGGGCCGGGGAUUUACAAAUCCCGUUACAUUCUACUGUCUCCUCGGCUGCAGCCAAUGCCUCCGUCAGACUCGCGCGGGAAGGACGUUUUCCUCUGGCGGAAUGGUGAUUGGGCUGAUUGGUCUUUCUCUAAGAAAUUUUCAUCUAAAGCAACGUGGAAUCUCUUGAGACAAAGAUCUCCUGUCGUUCCUUGGUGUAAUCUUGUUUGGUUUAAAGAAGCGGUUCCUAGAUUCUCUUUUGUAUCUUGGAUGACAGUGUUAGCAAGGUUGCCUACUAGGGACAGGCUAAUCUCAUGGGGAAUGACGGUCCCGGCAGCAUGUACCCUCUGCUCCUCGGGUCUGGAAUCUCAUGCUCAUCUGUUCUUCAACUGUACUUUUUCCUCAGCAGUUUGGUCUCAUUUUGCUGGAUGGAUGUUUUCCACUCCGCCGGUCUCCCCAGACUCUGUUAUCACCAUCAUCGACAGGCCUUACAUUGCCUCUUGUCCUGGUGCGGCAACUGUUAUUAAGCUUUUGGCGCAGGUCAUUGUUUACUGUCUGUGGUGUGAGAGGAACCAUCGCAUCUUCCGUCAAGUAUCAUCUACCGAAGCAGCGAUCAUCUCCAGGGUUGGCCGCUUGAUGGGGGAUUGUCUCCUUUCGCUGCCGCCGCCUCGUGAGGGAUCAGCCUCCUACUUGCUGCUGUUUCUCUCAUCUCGCUCCUUGUUCCCGCCUUAG